AAGCAACCAAGUCUGGACUGUCCUUCCUGAGUGGAGUUGUUUUUGUACCAUCGUGCCACUGACCGUACCCUCUGUAUGUAGCUUGCGAACACCUUAAUCGAGGAAGGCCAGUUGUCAAUUUUUCAUUUCAAACUAAAGCAACGGGUAUCUGUUGCUGAUUAGUGCACCUAGCGAGGAUAGAGUGACGGUAAAAUCAUGGUAAGCAAGACAGAUGACAUCCCAGCAUCGGUUCCGAACUGCAAUUCCGUUGAUCCUGCAGAAGGAGAAACGCCGGACAGUAAAGAAAGUACCAAGACAGUCCUCAAGGAUCCCUGUGGCUGUGCGCACAGUGCCGACACAACAAUGAUGAACGGCAAUGGCGCCCAUGACCACAGCGAGGAGGCGGACUCCAAGCCAGAGGGGGGCAGCGGCGCGGACGCUGACCCGGGCGAGGAGACCAACGAGCAGGAGGUCAUUGUCAUCCAGGACACUGGCUUCACCGUCAAGAUCCAGGCCCCCGGCACCGAACCCUUCGACCUACAGGUAUCCCCCCAGGAGAUGGUGCAGGAGAUCCACCAGGUGUUGAUGGACCGAGAGGACACCUGCCACCGCACCUGCUUCUCCCUGCAGCUGGAUGGGAACGUGCUGGACAACUUUGCCGAGCUCAAGUCCAUUGAGGGCCUGCAGGAAGGCUCCGUGCUCAAAGUGGUCGAAGAGCCCUACACAGUGCGCGAAGCCCGCAUCCACGUACGCCACAUCAGAGACCUGCUGAAGAGCAUGGACCCCUCAGAUGCCUACAACGGGGUGGACUGCAACUCUCUGUCCUUCCUCAGCGUCUUCACCGACGGAGACCUAGGAGAUAGUGGAAAGAGAAAGAAGAAAGGCAGCGAGCUGGAGCAGAUUGACUGCACCCCUCCAGAGCACAUUCUCCCCGGCAGCAAGGAGCGCCCCAUUGUCCCUCUCCAGCCACAGAACAAAGACUGGAAGCCACUGCAGUGCCUGAAGGUUCUGACCAUGAGUGGCUGGAACCCUCCGCCCGGCAACAGGAAGAUGCACGGAGACCUGAUGUACCUGUAUAUCGUCACUGUGGAGGAGAGACAUGUCAGCAUCACUGCCUCCACGCGUGGAUUCUACCUCAACCAGUCCACCACCUACUCCUUCAACCCCAAGCCGGCCAGCCCCAGCUUCCUGAGCCACUCCCUGGUGGAGCUACUGAGCCAGAUCAGCCCGGCCUUCAAGAAGAACUUCACCGCCUUGCAGAAGAAGAGGGUCCAGAGGCACCCGUUUGAGAGGAUAGCCACACCUUUUCAGGUGUACAGCUGGACCGCUCCUCAGAUCGACCACGCCAUGGACUGCGUGAGAGCAGAGGAUGCCUACACCUCCCGUCUGGGAUACGAGGAGCACAUACCCGGACAGACACGGGACUGGAAUGAAGAGCUGCAGACCACCAGAGAACUUCCGCGCAAGAACCUUCCAGAACGCCUGCUGAGAGAGCGCGCCAUUUUCAAGGUCCACAGUGACUUUGCGGCGGCGGCCACUAGGGGCGCCAUGGCGGUGAUCGACGGCAACGUGAUGGCCAUCAACCCGGGCGAGGAGACGCGCAUGCAGAUGUUCAUCUGGAACAACAUCUUCUUCAGCCUGGGCUUCGACGUGCGCGACCACUACCGCGAGCUGGGCGGGGACGCUGCCGCCCACGCCGCGCCCACCAACGACCUGAACGGCGUGCGCGCCUACGGGGCCGUGGACGUGGAGGGCCUCUACACGCUGGGCACCGUGGUGGUGGACUACCGCGGCUACCGCGUCACCGCCCAGUCCAUCAUCCCCGGCAUCCUGGAGCGCGAGCAGGAGCAGAGCGUCAUCUACGGCUCCAUCGACUUUGGCAAGACGGUGGUGUCGCACCCCAAGUACCUGGAGCUGCUGGAGAAGACCAGCCGCCCCCUCAAGGUGCAGCGCCACUCGGUGCUUAACGAGAAGGAGGCUCCCGUGGAGCUGUGCUCGUCCGUGGAGUGCAAGGGCAUCAUCGGCAACGACGGCCGCCACUACAUCCUGGACCUGCUGCGCACCUUCCCGCCCGACCUCAACUUCCUGACGGUGGAGGGCGAGGAGCUGCCGCCCGAGUGCCAGCGCCUGGGCUUCCCCCGCGCGCACCGCCACCGCCUGGCCUGCCUCAGGCAGGAGCUCAUAGAGGCCUUCGUCGAACACAGGUACCUGCUCUUCAUGAAGAUGGCCGCCCUACAGCUCAUGCAGCAGAAAGCCAACAAGGACAACAAGGUCCCGGCCGUGACCGACGGCACCAACGCAGAGCCAGAGCCCACCAACGCCACCCCCACCCCUACCGAGAACGCCACCCCAGCAGCCUCCACAGAGCCCACCAACUCCACCCCCUCAGAGUCCACCGAUACACCCACCGCAGAGACCAACCAGACACCCGAGUCCGCCCAGCCCCCAGAAGCUCCCACAGAUGACACCACCACCACCACCACGACCAACGCAGAAGCUCCAGACACAGACACCACAGCAACGCCACAGGACAAUACAGAGGUUCCGGCCACCGCCGUGACCACCAACGGUACCCCAGAGCCCGCGGUUGCGGCCGUUGACGGCCACCAGGCCAGCAGAGAGUGCGAGAGCCCACUGGAGGGUAAGGAGGCAGAGGAAAGUAUCCCGGGCUUAGCCCAGGCCAAAGAGCUGGCAGAGUCCUUAGCAGCAGAAGAUGGAUCCAGUAUUGACCCUAAGAGCCGUGAGGUGGUGCUGAACGCCUGCAAAGCAGUGGGCUCAAUCAGCGACACCUCCUUCGACAUCCGCUUCAACCCCGACAUCUUCUCGCCAGGCGUGCGUUUCCUUGACAGCAGUGCUGAUGCCAUCCAGAAGCAGAAGCAGCUUCUGAAGGAUGCUGCAGCAUUCCUGGUGUCCUGCCAGAUCCCCUCACUGGUUAAAGACUGCUUAGACCACAGUGCUCUGCCUAUGGACGGGGCAACUCUGACAGAAGCCUUCCACCAGCGUGGCAUUAACAUCCGGUACCUGGGCACGGUGCUCGAAUUUGUGGACAAGACGCCCGCAAAGACGCAACUCGAGUACUUCUACAGAAUAGGAGUGACUGAGUUGAUCACCAGAUGUGCAAAGCAUAUCUUCAAGACAUACCUCCAGGGUGUGGAGCUGUCGGCGCUGUCAGCGGCCGUGAGCCACUUCCUGAACUGCUUCCUAAGCUCGUACCCGGACGCCGUGGCCCACCUGCCGGCCGACGAGCUGGUGUCGCGCCGCAAGAACCGCAAGAGGCGGAACAGGGUGCCCGGCGGCGGGGACAACACCACUUGGUCCAGCCUCACACCUGCAGAGCUGUGGAAGAACAUCGUCUCAGAAGCACAGACCUACUACCACUUCACACUACAGGGUGAGAGUGUGGACCAGGCAGUGGAGAAGUACGGCCUUCAGAAGAUCACGCUGCUACGAGAGAUCUCAGUCAAGGCUGGCAUCCAGAUCCUGAUCAAGGAGUACAACUUCGACAGCCGCCACAAGCCUGCCUUCACUGAGGAGGACAUCCUCAACAUCUUCCCAGUAGUCAAGCACGUCAACCCCAAGGCCUCCGACGCCUUCCACUUCUUCCAGAGCGGACAGGCCAAGGUGCAGCAAGGGUUCCUGAAGGAGGGCUGUGAGCUCAUCAACGAGGCGUUGAACCUCUUCAACAACGUGUACGGUGCCAUGCACAUGGAGAUCUGCGCCUGCCUGCGUCUCCUCGCCCGCCUCAACUACAUCAUGGGAGACCACCCAGAGGCACUUAACAAUCAACAGAAAGCUGUCUUGAUGAGCGAAAGAGUGCUCGGUAUUGAGCACCCCAACACUAUUCAAGAAUAUAUGCACUUGGCUCUGUACUGCUUUGCCAACGGCCAGCUGUCCACUGCCCUGAAGCUGCUGUAUCGUGCACGCUACCUCAUGCUCAUGGUGUGUGGGGAGGACCACCCCGAGAUGGCUCUGCUAGAUAGCAAUAUUGGUCUGGUAUUGCACGGUGUGAUGGAGUACGACUUGUCUCUUCGAUUCCUGGAGAAUGCCUUGGCAAUAAACUCCAAAUACCACGGUCCCCGCUCUCUCAAAGUGGCGCUCAGCCAUCACCUGGUGGCUAGAGUGUACGAGAGCAAGGCAGAAUUCCGCUCUGCCCUGCAGCAUGAGAAGGAGGGCUACACCAUCUACAAGAACCAGGUAGGAGAGACCCAUGAGAAGACUAAGGAGAGCUCUGAGUACCUCAAGUAUCUCACCCAGCAAGCCGUCGCCCUCCAGAGAACCAUGAACGAGAUCUACAAGAACGGCUCCAACGCCAGCAUCAUGCCUCUCAAAUUCACAGCUCCAAGUAUGGCCAGUGUGCUGGAACAGCUCAACAUCAUCAAUGGCAUUAUCUUUAUUCCCCUGAGCCAGAAGGACCUGGAGAACCUGAAGGCUGAGGUGCAGAGGAGGCAAAUGCUCCAGGAGGCCACCAAGAGCGAGGAGCCCGAGCCUUCGGACGACACACCCACAGACAUGCCCGUGGACGAUUAACAACCCCACCGUCCCUUUACUUUACCUUACCCCUCCACUAUUACCGCCCCACCCCUCUUCCUUAUCAAAGCGCAGCCCCGCCCCCUUCCACUGCCAGGGGCCGCCACAAUGAUGAUGCAACAGCCAUCUUGCUUGAACCCAUGGACCUGAGAACUGAAGCUGUCUAAUUUAAAGAAAAAAAAAACAAGCAAACAAACAAAUGAGAGAAUGUGGAAAAGGGGAAAAGGGGCCAGGGCAGUCAGGAAAAAGCGUGUUGUCGUUUGUUUAUUAUUAUUAUUGUUGUUGUUAUUUUUUCUUUCUUUUUAUUUUUUAAAAUUUUCUUUGAUGUGCGGUGGGUAGGAUGAAAAGGAGUGUUGAGAGAGAGAAAAACAGCGUUAAGGGGAAAAUAGUGUGUGUGCAAUCCACAGGGGCCCGUGUGGUGGGGUGCAGGGGCCCUUCAAGAGGAAAGCUGGAGGUCAGAGUUCCCCACCCGACCCCGACCCCUGCCCAAGCCUCCAAUUGCACCAACCUGUUCGGAGGUGACCACGGAUGACCAUGACAUUGUAAACCAGAGCCUUAUCCACUCAGCACCCACCCCUCCACCCUCCCAAAAAACCCCAGUUUGUUUUUUUGUCUCUGAGCCCAGGACCACUGUACACAAUGCCCUUCAACACCACCACCACCACCACCCACCACAAACAAACCCUGCUUUCCCCAGCCAGCACCCCCACAAAAUCAAUCAACUAACCAAAAUGACCCCCGCCACCACCACCCCCAGUCUCAUGGAUGGGGGCCGGGGCAGGGCAUCCCACCUCCCAAACAAGUCAACAGAUUCCCCACCUGCCCUCUCAAACCCAAUUUAUAGCCUGGCCUAAAAACUCAGGUGAUUUUUACUGUGCACUAAUAGGUGAGACUGGAAAAAAUGAGAUGUAUAAAUAAUAACUAUAUUAUGAAGAAGAAUUUCUUAGAGAUUUCAAAUAAGCAGCGUGGGCUCUAGAAUGUAGACUCUUCUAUACACAAGGUCUUGCAACGAAGCUGUACCAAUCAAAAAAGGAAGAAAAAAUACCCUCCAUGAUCUGCUUCCUGUGGUCCCCCCCUAUCAAGUCCAAAAGAGUUAAUUGUGUAAAUUCUUGGCCGUCUGUGUCUGGCUUAAGGCAGGCACUAAAACAUGUGCAUGCUUUUAUCAUCCAAUCUUUGGACAAAACCUCUCUUUUUUUUCUUUCUGUCUUUCUUGGAAAACGAAUGAUCUUUUUUGUAAACUUGGGAAGGGAACGAAGCCAUUUUAGAUCUGUCAUUUAUCAAUUAAUUUAAGACAUGUCCAUUUUAUAGAGAAAUAUUGUUGGAGAGAUGUAAAAAUCUAUGUCUAUCACUUUUUUCGGACAGGUACUUGAUUCAUGUUGAUGGAAAAUGCAGGUUUUGAGACGUCCAGCUUGAAGUAGAAUUGUAAAACUUGAUCUUAGUGUUGUUCAAUAACACCCGCUUUUUCCACUAUUGAACUGUAUGAGUGUGUGGGCGUGUGAGAGCAUAGGGGUAUGUCUGUGGCCAUGUUUGUGUGCGUGUGCGUGUGCGUGUGCGUGUGCGUGUGUGUGUGUGUGUGUGUGUGUGUGUGUGUGUGUGAGAGAGAGUCUCUGUGUGUGUGUGUGUGUGUGUGUGUGUGUGUGUGUGUGUGUGCGUGUGUGUGUGUGAGAGAGAGAGUCUCUGUGUGUGUGUGUGUGUGUGUGUGUGUGUGUGUGUGUGUGUGUGUGCGUGUGUGUGUGUGUGUGUGUGUGUGUGUGUGUGUGUGUGUGUGUGUGUGUGUGUGUGUGUGUGUGUGUGUGUGUGUGUGUGUGUGUGUGAGUGAUAAUUCACCUAUGACCAGGCAAUGGGAAUGAUGCUGCUGCAACAUUUGAUUAUUUCAUUGUGGGAUGCCAGUACUUACCAGGAGUUUAUUUUUGUACACAUGGUUAGACACCGAUCGGUGUGGAUAGUUGUUAAGCUCAUCAAUUCAGAACAAAAAAGUUUUGUUUGGCUUGAUAUUGAAAGAAAAAAACACCUGUAAAAAGACACUGACAGAUUCAUUAUUUGACAGGAUCACCAUCCCAGCACUUUUGACUGUUUUUGGCUUGUAUUGAACGUUUUAGUCAUCUGCCACUUUGACUAGCACACAAUAAAAAAAGAGGCAACAGAGACAUUUAUUACUACUACAUAUUCCUUAGCAGUAUUUAGUGCACUUUUUCUGAAGCUGUUUUCGAAACAUUCAGCACCACCCGAAGUGGAUUGAGAUGAGCUGCUUUGAUGUUAAACCAAAAAAAGCAAUGCUAGAGACCUGUGUGUUGGCUUGUACAAAGCACUGUGUUUCCCCCCUGUUGACAAUGUUUUUCAGUUUGCGUGUUGCUGUAUGUUUGGUAUGUGAUCGAAGCAAUAGCUCCCUGCUGGACCUGUCUUUCUCAUGCAGAUGAUCAGAAGCACCCAGGUGCAAAACACGAAGGAUGACCUAAUAAUCUGUUUUUUUCCCCCUUCCUUUUCUUUUCUUUUCCUGAAAUAUACGCAUAUAUACGAUUAUAGGCUAUGUCAUGGAGAAUGUCCAAGAGAACGAUUACUGCGGUAAUUGUGGAUUAUGCCAUGUCUUAUGGUGGAAACAAAAUACAUGUGGGACUAAUCUGAACUGUGCCUACUUGCAGUCCGCUUUUUGAACUGGUUUGGUGUUGUAUAUUUGUUCGCCCCUAUUGAGAUGGCGAACACGUUCCUCUUGGUUUGGAUAUAACUGUGCUGACUUUCUGUUAGCGCUUCGUCAUUCACCCUUUAUAUAUCUGUAUGUGGAGUAAUCAGAUGAAGGCUGACAGAACCCCAUGUCCAUCUUGCACAGUUAAUCACGAAUGUCUGCACUGUCGUGCAGUUCCAUAAGUCGCCACAAGGCUGUGCUCAAGAGAUUGUGCUUCCCUUGCAAGUCCAAGGUUACAAAUGAGAAUUUGAUUUUUUUUUUUUUUUUACAAAUGAUUUCUAGGAGGGAUUGUUAAAACAUAUCUGUCUCCCUGCCCAUUGCAGUCAUAAAGGCUUUCAGAAGAGAGGGAAGCCGAAUGUAAAAGGAGACAAACAAACAAAAAAAACACUGGUCAUACAGAAACUGACACAUUUUAAGUGUUUAAAUGUGGCCUCCUGGGAAUGCUCUUCAGUGAUUUUUCUCUUGUGAUUUCUUUUUUUGGUCAUUGAUCAUAGAAUUAAGGUGCUUUCAAAAAUUAAAUGCAAAUAUUUUGCUGUGUUUCUCAAUUCUAUAUUUUCUUCUGGUUGUUUAGCUGUAUGCUUUUUCCCAAUAUUAUACAAACCUGAUUGCAUGAUCUAAAUGUCUUCAGCCAACUGUAGGCCCCCUGGUAUCCAGUGAAACAUUUGAAAUUGAAUUGAAAAUAGUUCAGUGAAUUGAUAUUCCAUAGGCUUAGUAUUAAAAUACAUACACUGUUAUCCUCUACUAUAUUCACAGAACAAAGAAACAACAUCUUGUACUUCAACUGUGUGAAAACAAGUGCUGCUGAACGUUUUGUAUUGUUUAAAAAAUAUUUUUGAGUAAAAUAAGCACAGGGUGACGGCCUUUAUUUCGGCUAGGAGUAAAUGCAAGCAAGCUACUGCUUUGAGAUAAAUGACAGCUCAUGUAAUUUUAUUCUGAAAUGACCGCUGCCCUGUGCAUAUUUUCUUCCACUUCUCUGCAGGUAUAAAUAUUUCAUGUAACAUAACAAGCCCAGAGUGCUGUUUGAGUAAGGUGUGUGAGUAAAACACGUGACAAAUACGCCGAGCUUUUAACAGGCAACUGGCUUUACAAUAGCCCACAUUUGCUCUUGCACCUGGGGGUCCCCACGGCAUACUGCCACUAGGCUGGGGCAAUUAUGAACAUGCGGUAUUUUGUUUGCGUGCUGUGUGAAUGGAGGAGCGACUGUAGGACCAUGUGCGUCGCAUGUCUGGUGACCUAUAAUCUCAGCUGCUGUUGAGCGCACAUUGAUCAAAUAUAUUUCUUGACUGUCAAGGAGAUUAUUAGUCUUUGUUUUGUACGCAACUCAUUUAACCAUUUUCUCCCCUCCUGCCCCUGUGGUGUGUGUGUGUCUGCUUUGGUUUCCUUUUGUGUGCUUAUCAAUCUGUUUCUGUUAAAAAUAACAUCCUAAUUAUUUUUGGUCUGAGUAUGCUUUUUGUAUUAAAAUAAAGAACUUAGCAAGUUG